UUGUUCGUUUAUCCCCAUCAGCAGGAGCAGAGUGUGAGAGAGAGGCGCGAAGAUGAGCGGAGCGAAGGGGAAGAAGAAGGGAGCGAGCUUCGUGAUCGAUUGCGGGAAGCCGGUGGAAGAUAAGAUCAUGGACAUUGCUUCCCUUGAGAAGUUCCUUCAGGAGAGGAUUAAGGUCGGCGGCAAGGCCGGUGCACUCGGCGAUUCCGUUACCGUUACGAGGGACAAGAGCAAGAUCACCGUCAACUCCGACAGCAACUUCUCUAAAAGGUAUCUGAAAUACUUAACCAAGAAGUACUUGAAAAAACACAACGUGAGGGAUUGGCUCCGGGUGAUUGCCUCCAACAAGGACAGAAAUGUCUAUGAGUUGAGAUACUUCAACAUUGCUGAGAAUGAGGGUGAAGAGGAGGACUGAAUGUUUAAUUAUGUCUUGAGGCAUUCUCCGUCAGGCUUAGUUGUUGUGGAGUCUUUUUUAUCUUUGUUGUUUAUUGACUUGUUACUGGUUGUUUAAAUAUUCCUGUGUUUAAUUUGGAACUUUUUGCCCUAAUGAAGUUUUACAGUGAUUAUUGGAGAGGUUGCCAUAAAAAUUCAGAUACCGUUCGUGCAACUUUAUGUUGGCAUGACUAUUGUUAAUUUGGUCACCUUUUACUGUUACAAUGCCAGAUGUGUUUUUUGGUUUUUCCUCUUCCAAUGGGGCAUAAAAUUUGUGUUAUUAUCGAUGAUAAUCACAGAAAGUUUAAUUUGACGCCG